AUGGCGUCUGCACCUGAUACCGAGUCAAUUCCUGGCUACACAAUCUUCCGUGAGGGAGACUAUGAAAGUGUCGCCGCCGCUGCCAUGUUGCCGCAAGGCACACCCCACCCGUUAGAUCAACUUUCUAUUAAGGAAAUUCCCGAGGCAGCAAAGAUCAUCCGGGAUUAUGCCAACCCCAAGUCUAUCAAGUUCAACUGCCUCACGCUCCGCGAGCCCAGAAAAGCGGAAUACCGGGCGUUCCGUGCUGGUGCAGUCCCAGCUCCUGCCCGUCGCGCUUUCGCCAUUGUCAUUGUGCGCGAAACGAACAAGAUCGCAGAGGUGGUGGCCAAUCUUGCCACCGGCAAGGUUGAGGAAUGGAAGGACGUUCACGACGUUAUGCCUACCCUCACCCUAGAGGAUCUUGACGUGAUGGAGCGUGUUGCCCGCAAGGACGCCCGUGUCAUCCGUGCCUGCAAGGACCUUGGAAUUACCGACAUGAACAAGGUCUUCUUUGACGCAUGGGCUAUCGGCAUCGACGAGCGCUGGGGAUACGACCACCGCCUCCAGCAGGGUCUGGCUUACUACCGUAACUCCGAUUUCGAUAACCAAUACGCCCACCCUCUAGAUUUCAGUGUUGUCGCCGACACUGACACAGAAGAGGUUCUCAGCGUCGACAUUCGUUACGUGAACGGCGAGCGGACCGCUACCCCUCUCAAGGAACACAACUACCUCCCCGAGUUCAUCGGCGACAAGUACAAACAUGAUCGCCUCAAGCCCAUUGAUAUCACCCAGCCCGAGGGUGUCUCUUUCAAGGUCCGCGGCAAUGAGCUCACCUGGGCCAACUUCAAGAUGCACGUUGGCUUCAACUACCGUGAAGGUAUUGUCCUUUCCGACGUGCGCACCCACGACAUGUACGAGGACCGUGAGCGGACUCUCUUCAACCGUAUCUCCGUCGUUGAGAUGGUUGUUCCCUACGGCUGCCCUGAAAAACCCCACCACAAGAAGCAUGCCUUCGAUGUCGGCGAGUACGGCACUGGUCUGAUGACCAACUCCUUGAAGCUGGGUUGUGAUUGCAAGGGUGCCAUCCACUACAUGGAUGGUGUUAUGUCAACCUCCAAGGGUGAGGCCGCUGUAAUCAAGAACGCUAUCUGCAUUCACGAGGAAGACAACGGCCUCCUCUACAAGCACACCGACUUCCGUGACGGCACAGUUAUCUCCGCGCGUGACCGCAAGCUUAUCAUCUCCCAAAUCAUCACCGCUGCCAACUACGAAUACGGCUUCUACCACACCUUCACUCUGGAUGGCACCUACAAGCUAGAGGUGAAGCUUACCGGUAUGCUGAACACCUACUGCAUGCACCCAACCGAAACCGCUGCUCCCUUCGGCACAGAAGUUGCCCCCUCCAUCACCGCCCACAACCACCAGCACCUGUUCUCCCUUCGCAUCGACCCGGAAAUCGACGGCCAAAACAACUCUGUCGUCCAGAGUGACGCCGUCUCUUUCGAAGCCCCCGUCGGCUCCCCAGAGAAUCCCUACGGCAACGGCUUCUACAGCAAGAAGACCCCCCUUCGUACAUCCCUCGAGGGUGCCGCAGACUACUGCUUCGAGACAAACCGCUCGUGGGACAUCAUCAACCCGAACCGCAUGAACACCGUCGCCAAAAAGCCCGUCGGCUACAAGAUCCUCAACAACAACUGUCCCCCCAUGCUCGCCAAGCCCGGAAGCACCGUCUGGAAGCGCGCUGCCUUCGCCCGCAAGCCCCUCUGGGUUACUCCUUACAAGGACUACGAGCUCUUCCCAGCUGGCGACUACGUCUGUCAGUCUGACGGCUCUGAGGGACACCCUUACAACCCGACCAUCGCCGACUGGGCGAAGCGCAAUGAGAACAUCGAGAACACCGAUAUUGUCUGCUACAUGCAGUUCGGUCUGACGCAUUUCCCGCGUACUGAGGACUUCCCUAUCAUGCCUGCUGAACCGGUUAGCAUUAUGCUGCGUGCAUCGAACUUCUUUGAGAAGAACCCUGGUCUCUGGGUGCCGCCUUCGGCUAUUUGUGUCGAUACCCAGUCAAAAAAUGCGUUCCCUUCUUCUUGCUGUGCCACAAGUAAGCCCCGGAUGUGA